UCAUCUGGCCUAUCGAUAAACGGCAAUCGGUUUCCCAAGUUCAGAGUUUUUCUUUUUCGUUAAAAAACGUGUUGGCGUUGCAAAUAUCCCCCACUCUACUGAUUGCCGAGUCCAACGCAGGCAAAAAAGCCCCCGGAACCCGAGGAACACGGCCGAUUCGCCUGAGAGCAGUCACUGCGCUCCAAUUUCCAAGUGCCCUUGGCAACAAGUAACUUUCCCCCUCCACUCACCGCGAACUCUCUAGAGAAAUGCAGAACGGAAAGCCAAGAUCGGCGGCCAGGACGUCCUACCACCGCCGUCCCAGAUCCCAGGUGCCCAACCCCACUGGUACGGAGAACUCCGCGGCCAAGCCGGACGCCACUGAGAGCCAGGCGGUGGGCAUCGACGAUAAUGCCUGCGUGGUGUGCUUCAAGAACGUGGACAUCUAUUCAAUCGGGGACUGUGACCACCCCGUCUGUUACGAGUGCUCCACUAGGAUGCGGGUGCUUUGCCAGCAGAACGAGUGCCCCAUCUGCCGCCACGUCCUGUCCAAGGUCCUCUUUACCCUAGAGAAGCUGCCCUACCGCGAGCUGGAGGCCAACAACCGCUCCGACUUCUACAGCAAGAAGUACCGCAUCGGCUUCUGCAGCGCCGAGAUUCAGCAGCAGUUCUUCAAGCUGCUCGACCAUCCGUGCCCCAAAUGCGAUGCCCCUCCAUACCGAACCUUCCAGGGCCUUCGCAACCACGUGCGCAGCGAGCACAGCCUGCUGUACUGCGACCUCUGCGUGGAGACCCUCAAGAUCUUUACCUUUGAGCGCAGGUGCUACACGCAGGCGGAGCUGCAGCUGCACAACACCAAGGGUGACCCGGACAAUCGCUCGCAUCGCGGCCAUCCGCUGUGCGAGUUCUGCAAGAAGCGCUACUUGGACCGGGAUGAGCUGUUCCGACAUCUGCGGCGCGAGCACUACUUCUGCCACUUCUGCGACGCCGACGGCUGCAAUGAGUUCUACAAAGACUAUGAGGAUCUGGCGGACCACUUUCGGCAGGAGCACUUCCUCUGCGAGGAGGGCAAGUGCGCCACCGAGCAGUUCGUCGGCGCCUUCCGCAACGAGAUCGAGUACAAGGCGCACGUGGCCAACGUGCACGGCAAGUCGCUCAACAAGCAGCAGGCCAAGCAGACGCGCACCCUGCAGCUGGAGAUUACCCUGGGACCGCGCGGACGCAGCGGCCAGACGGAGCAGGGCAUAGCCAACAUGCGAGCCAGAAACGAAGAGCAAAACGAUUACCUGGACGACUUGCCGACGAGUAGCCAGCGCCACGUAAGCAUCGAUGCCGGCAACGAGGAGCAGUUCCCCACUUUGAGAGGCGCCUCCACGGCGCCCAGCGUGUCUCUGGUUAGACCACCGCCGCCCUCGAUGCGCAACCUAAGUGGCACCUCGGGUCUUGCUCGAACCAAAGAGAACUUCCCGGCUCUGGGAGGGGGAAAUGCAGGCGGCGUUGGCGGCGCCACUGGCAGCAGCCUCGCCGCCAGAGCUGCCCAGUCCCAGCAUCCCGUGGCUGCUGUCUUCAAGAAGCCCACAAAUGCGGCAGCUUCCGGCGGCCGCACUGGACCAGCGGCCAGCAAUGGAAUGCUCCUGCAUGUGUCCAAUAGACCAGCAGCAGCAGUGCCCAAGAAGACAGCCGCACCGCAGCUAGACUUUCCCGCUCUGCCGGGCAAGGGAAACAAGAAAAACCUGCGCAACCUGGAGGAGGACAUGCUGCCCAGCGGCUCUGCAGUGCCCAUGACGAAUAUUUCGGCCAAGCAUCGGUCCCUGGCCGAUGAUUACGUGUCGGUGGCCAAUCCGAGCAACUUCCACAAGCUGCAAUUGGUGCAAAAAGAGGAGGACGAGGCCAAGGCACGGCAAGAGGCCCUGAAGAAGAGUGCGCCCAAGCUUACGGCGUCCGAAUUUCCAAGCCUAGGACCGAGUGCCAGUGCCAGUUCCAGCAGAGCGAAUGCCGCGAAGCCAGCCAGCGGACCUGGCACCCUGAACUGGUCUAAGCCAACUUCCGAGAAGAAGCAGCGGGAGCUGGAGAACCGCAAGGCAAAGGUGGCACCUGCGCCGGUUUUGCCCACACCGACAUCGCGGCCCGCUCCCAAGGCAAAUAACAAUAAUGUCCAGGAGCCACAGGCCAACAAAAAAGAUAAAAAACCGAAGGAUAAGAAGAACAAUCAGGAGAAUCAGCCCAAGGCGGUCAAGCAGAAGGAGAAAAACAAUAACAACGAACAAAAAUCCAACGGGGCUCCAGCUACUCCAAUACGUGCUCCACUUGGCAUAGGAUCUGGCGGACCGCUCAAGCCGCCCCCCGGGUUCGUGUCCAACGUGACGGUCAACUCGGUGGCCAAGCUGCCCAACAAUCUCACGUUCACCAGUUCGCUGGGCGAGUCCUACAACAUUGUACCUAGCCCCUAUACGUACACCGAUCCACCAGAUACCGGAUACAGGAACCAGAAAUUGGUGGACGAGGUCAUGGGCUUACUCAAGACCCCAGAGGCAUUAAACGAAUUUCGCUUGCUGUCGUCCAAGUUCCGCGACGGAUCCUGUUCGGGUCAAGCGUACUACGAGCACUGCCAGUGCGCCAUGCUGAGUUCCUUCAACCACCUGUUCCCGGAGCUGCUGGCCAUGUUGCCCGAUAUAAGCAAGCAACAGGAACUGUAUCUCGUGCACAAACAACAUUUGAACAGCCUUUCGCCCGCCCAGCGCAAAUCCGUGCCCACCCUUGAGGUUUGCAAGGUGUGCAAGCAGAUCCUCAUCACCGCCGACCUGGAGGGCCACCAGCAGGCGCACGAGCUGACCAAGAAUUUCCCUGUGCUCGGAAGCUCAGCUUCCAAUGCGCACCGCAACUGAGGUGCGCGGAUCGUAGGACAUCAAAAGCUUUAGCCCCCUGUAUAUUUUCUAUGUAUAUACCGUUUCAAUCGACCAGAAGCCCAUGUCCCCAGGUCAUGUCGAGAGUGGAAAUCUAAAUGUAUUUGAACUAGCCGAACAAUAUCGCCCCAUAUAGGGCGCCCCCACGAAGCAAUCUGACGAUGUGACCUAGUCCAGGCAGUAGCGUAGUGAGCAACCCGCUGAUCUGGGAUGCGUUUUUAAUAUUUACGAGUGAGCUUGUGUUUAGCAAAUGCCCGCAGCCUAAUAAAGUUCAAAUCAAACACA